AUGGAUUACUUCAAAUCGCUCAGCUCGGCCGCCUCAUCGGUGCUCUCUUCAGCACGAUCAGGGCCGCUCCCCAACAUUACGAUCGGCAGCGAAGUCGGCGAGUAUCGUCAGCAGACCCUCUGGUCCCUCUACUCGGCUGUCAAGCGUGACGACAGCACGCCCUGCACCGUCCUCGCCUUUGACCUCUCUCAUCCUCACAAUGCCAGCCGCGCCAACCUCUUACCCCUCGCCAAGAACGCUGUUAGGAAGCUUCGCACCACUCGCCACCCGGACGUGCUCAAGCUACUAGAUAGUGCUGAGACAGCUUCCUCCGUCUAUAUUGCCGUCGAAAAGGCGACGCCGCUCUACAAGGUCCUGGCGCAGUCCGACGACAAACGCGCCACUCCUCAGCGCCAGGACUGGAUCGUAUGGGGCCUCUCCUCCAUCGUCAACGCUGUAAAGUUCCUCAACGUUGACGCCGCUUCUACCCAUGGAAAUUUGCGCCCCGAAUCCAUCUUCAUAAGCGCGUCUGGCGAGUGGAAGCUCGGCGGGUUCGAGACCCUCACUCCGCACGCCGAAUCUCCACACGGCUUGCUCUUCAGUCAAGGCUCCUUGGUUCCCGAUGGCAAUCGGUAUGCACCACCCGAGGUCAAGAAGAAUGGUUGGAAUGUCUUGACCAACAUGGAUUCGACCUUGUUCGACAGCUAUUCGCUCGCACUCGUCGCGAUCGAGGCCUUCAACGGUCCCCUGCCACCCCAGACCGGCACCGCCGCACCGCCCAGAGGCCAUGUGCCACAGGCGCUCUACUCUGCACUGCAGCGCAUGCUUGUGCCCAACGCAAAGACGCGUAGCACCGUGGCUAGAGUCUGGGAAGCGGGCGAGGCGGAAGGCGGCUUCUUCAAGGACAACACGCUUGUCAAGGUCGCAAGGGGUCUCGACGGCUUCCUCUUGGCUACCGAAAACGAGAAGGCUUCCAUCAUCAAGCUACUGCAAGAACAGCCAGACUCGUUCACGCCGGACUUUCUCAUGUACAAGGUUCUGCCCGCGCUCGUCGCCGCUCUCGCUGCUGUGCCGCCACCAGGCACCAUCCCCUCCGCCAGCACCCAGCCUUCUGUCUUGCUUCCUCUCGUCCUUCGUCUCGGCCGACCGCUGCCCAAGGAGGAAUGGAACACUAACGUGGUACCACCUUUGCUCAAAGCUUUUGCAUCCCCAGAUCGUUCUACACGAAUGGCUCUGCUCGAGAAUCUGUCGCUCUACUCCGAGCGCAUGGACAAUCGAGUCGUGGUCGACAAGCUUUGGCCCAACCUCAUCACUGGCUUCAAUGAUUCAGUGCCCGUCAUCCGAGAAGCGACACUCAAAGCCAUCCUUCCCCUCGCACCCAAACUCUCGGACCGCAUCCUCAAUAACGACCUGCUACGUGUGCUCGCGCGUACCCAAGUCGACCCAGAAGCUGGCAUCCGCACCAACACGACCAUCUUGCUCGGACGGCUCGUACCCUACCUCUCCGUGUCGACGCGCAAGAAGGUGCUCAUCCCCGCCUUCUCGCGAAGUCUCAAGGAUCAGUUUGUACAUGCGCGUGUCGCUGGUCUCAUGGCAUUGAUGGCGACCGGCGACUCUUUCGACCACGAGGACUGCGCUCGACACGUGCUGCCGGCCGUGACGCCGUGCAUGGUGGACAAGGAGAAGCUCGUCCGGGAUCAGGCGGACAAGGCGGUCAAAAUGUUCUUCGAGAAAGUCGAGUCGGGACGAGUUGGUAUGCCUGAUACUGUGCUGGCCCCAGAGCAGCUCAACGGCUCGACGUCGUUCAGCGGAACAGGCGCGUCGGACGGUGCAGCAGCUGAUGGCGCAGGUUAUGCGACAGCUAUGGCGGCGACGGCGGGCAGUGCUGCGACGGCGCUGGCAGGCUGGGCGAUGACCUCAGCCUUGUCGUCUCUGUCCAACUCGUCGUCAGCACCAUCCGUACCUGAUGGAAAACCUCUCUCUUCCGCUGCAGAGCUGCAAUCGCAAAUGGACGGACGUAGCACUCCUAGCACUUCCGUAGGCUCUCCCGCAACACCUCCGGCAUCGCACGUUCCUCCACCAUCGUCUGGUUUGGCUAGUCUUCGUCUUGGUUCUGGCUCUGUGUCGGCAAGUGAUGCUGCUUCAGGCUAUUCCGCUAGCGCUGCAUCAGCAGCAAAAUCGCCUCUGGACUACGAUCUGGAUGAUGAGGCGGCAUCCGCUUCCACCGCCUCGGCCUUCCAGAUGCAACAGACCGACGCGGAUUUGAUGGACGUCCACGACGACAGUGCCGACUGGUCGAGUUUCGAAGUGGGUCAGCCCAAGAAGAAAUCGCCUGCGGUCGGUCGCACCAAGAUGGCCAAAGCCAAGCUUGGACCCAGACGCACUGCUAGUAACAACGCUGCCACUGCGGCGGCGGCAGCGGCGGGCAGAGUAUCAGCAGCCGCAACAGUGCCGCCAGUGCAGACGGAUCCCAUACAAGCCAUCAGUCGAAGCAGUCUCAAAGUCGCCGCCCCCGCCGAGGAAGCUUGGGGCGACGAUGGAUGGGACGCUACCAACGAGUCUAGUGAACCGCCAGCACCAGCACCAGCAGAAGCUGUGUCGAUGUCACAUUCGGCUACAUCAUCACUCCGAGACGACAUGGUGACAUCGCAAGAACUCACAGCACAAGCAUUCGAGACGCCAGUACCCAAUAUCAUGGUCGAGAAUCCGGGUUCAGGCACUGCUACCCCUGUCGAUGAGACCUGGGCUUCGUUCGACGACAAUGCAGACGAUGACGAUGACGAUCAAAAGCGCAGCAGAAGCGCUUCUCCGGCAGCAGCGGCUGCAGCAGUGCCCUUGUCGAAAGAAGAGAGGAAAGCGGAAUUAGAGAGAAAGAGAAACGGGAGGAGGUUGAGAUUGGAACAGCUCAAGCGGGAGAAGGAAGAAGCGAGAUUGCGUGCGAUUUGA